UACCUUCGAUCCCAUUUUAUUCUUUAUAUUUGUGCAAAUUUGCGCCCAACAUGAUGCGUGUUGGGUCCUGGCUGUAUGGCAAAAAGCCGGCCAAUGCAUCCCAGAUGGAUUAUUUGGCUGAAUUGAGAGACUUGGAUGAGGCGAUGAAAGCGGCUACCUUUAUCCUUAACGACGACGUCGAUACUGCUGAAGAUGGUCUCGCCAAGGGAGACUCAACUUUUCAUCAGUUGGGAAAAGGCAUGGUGGCCUUUGUUCGCGCAACUUUAGGCUUUGAACAGGAUGUUAUGAGACAAGCAUCGGAGCGAUUAAGCGAAGCCGAAACGAGCGCCGCGAGCGAACAGUACCGCGCCCAGCAGAGUUCUAGUGCUCCUAAUGCCUUUCAUUCGGAGAUCUACAGCCCCGGUACCGAGUAUGUUCUGGUCCAGGCCAUUGCACAGCUCUUGGGCGCCGUGGUUGGGGUUUUGAAUGAGAGUUUGACGGAGAGUGUCAAGGCGUUCUACCGCCUGCGCAAGGCGUACAUUGCAUUGGAUACGAUCUUGAAAAUGGAAGAGAAAUUUAUGGAGGCCCACAGGCCAAAACAGGGCAUCUCUACACAAUCUAGUGACCUUUCCAAAGCGAGUGCCAACUCCGAUUCGAAACUAGCGGAGAAGUCCAGCAUGGCCUCGUCGACCAAAGGGGCUUCUACGACUGCCAAUGGACUGCCUGCUUUGGAUACAGAUCUCGCCAAAAGUGUAUCCGGACUAGCCCUUGCCCAAGGAACUAACUCCGAGCCAGUGUCACGUAUCUCCACACCUGGCGGCUCAAAUAUCACGCAUGACCCCGACUCGGACAUUUUCAAAAAUGAAAUCGACAUCUUCAUCCACUCGGGUGCCAAUUUCUGUUUUGGAAUCCUUCUCAUUAUCAUCUCGAUGAUCCCGCCAUCUUUCAGCAAACUCCUUGCCAUCAUUGGAUUCCACGGAGACAAGCAGCGGGGUCUGAGGAUGGUUUGGCAGGCUAGUAAGUUUCACAACUUGAUCGGAGCCUUUGCUGCUUUGGCAGUCCUUGGAUACUACAAUGGGUUUGUGCGGUACUGCGAUAUCAUGCCGGACCCAAUAGCGGGCGGGGAUGAUGUCGAGGGCUACCCGGCAGACAGAUUGGUGGCUCUGUUGGCAGAGAUGCGCAGCAGAUUUCCGGAUAGUCGACUUUGGUUGCUGGAGGAAUCGCGUAUGGAGGGGGCGAAUAAGAACCUAGACGGUGCAUUUGAGCUUCUUUCUACGAGCAAGAAGAGUCCUCUGAAACAAGUUGAGGCACUCUGUGUGUUCGAGAAGAGUUUGAAUGCCUUGUUCCUGCACAAUUACAGCGCAUGUACGAGUGCAUUUAUUGAGUGUUCCGAUCUCAACUCCUGGUCCCGGUCAUUGUAUUACUACAUUGCUGGAUCAUGUCAAGUCCUCCUAUACCGCCAGUGCAUCAAGAAUGAUCCCAAAAAGGCCGAGCAAUACGCUGAAAAUGCGAUAAAGUAUAUCCGCCAAGCCCCAUCGUAUGCAGGGAAGAAGAAAUUUAUGGCCCGUCAGCUACCGUUCGACGUUUUUGUCUCCCGUAAGAUCGCCAAGUGGGAGGCCCGGGCGAAGGAAUGGGAUGUUUCCCUGAUUGAUGCUAUCGGAGUGGAUCCAGUCGAGGAGAUGAUCUUUUUCUGGAACGGGCAUAGUCGUAUGACUGACAGCCAGCUCGAGGAGUCACUGGAGCGACUGGCAUGGUGUGAGAGCGAGGCAAACCCGACCUGGUCCCGUGAAGGAGCCGAGGGACAAGCUAUCGUGGAUCUUCUGCGCGCUGCUGUAUACCGAUCUCUGCGCAAGAACCAGGAAGCUAAGGAGCUCCUCAAGACCAAGGUUCUUAACCAUGAAAAGUCGCUGUUCAAGAGUCAUUUGCAUGACAACUGGGUCCUUCCGGCUGCUCAUUACGAGAUGGCGGCCAAUCUUUGGAUGGAGCGUCCCACUUACCGAGCUUUGCACGGGACCUCUGGCAUUGCACAGACUUCGCAGAAUGCCGAGGAACCCGAUUCGUCAUUCACCGAAUCAGAAAACCCCAAUACUUCUGAUGUCACCGAGGCCGAGAGAAAGCUUGUCCGUGAUUGCAAACAACAUUUGGAAACUGCAGCUAAGUGGGAAAGCUAUGAGAUGGAGGCUCGCAUUGGCCUUAAAGUAACCGCCGGUAAGGAUGCUUUACAAAAGUGGGAGGCUAUGCAUUCAGCUUGAUCGUGGCCACAAUCUCCUUGAACUGUUCAUAUCAUUUGGAUGUCAUGUACAGUAAACACCGCCACUUAGACGUUUUUGUUAUAUAGAUUCGAUUUAGACAAUGGGCAAUGAUAUCAUGUUGACUCGGGAACA